UCGUAACGUAAUGUUGAAUGUUUCAGCUGUCGCCACGUGCUAAGCAGUGAUCUUAGUGGCAGAGGUUACAGUUCCGGUAACUUGAACAGAAGUUUGACAGACAUAAACCCGCUCCAAUCAGAUGAAGAUUCAUUAUGACGUAUUUCAGUACGCACCAAUCCCAUAAUGGUGGGCGGGAAAUAUUCAAAGCGUGCUGCUGCAUGUGAUCACAAAAGAGGCAAAAAGAAAGACUAGCGCACGGCCAAUCAGACUCGUUAGGCACCGAAUAGGUGCUUACGCAGAGCAAAGGGGAUUGAUGCAGAUGAUGAGUGGCCGCGAAACUCUCUGGCAGUGAACUUUUGCUUUAAACGGAAAGAAGUGGAAUACGGUCCGUGUUAUUGUGAGCUGGAUUAAUUCGCCUACUAGGUAUCUAGCGAGUGAUAACGUUUUCGGGGGAGAAGACCAUGCUGUUGUUUGUGGAGGUGACCACGAAGGGGGCCGGUCUGAAUCCCAAUGCUAAAGUGUGGCAGGAAGUGUCUGCACCAACCACCCAGACUCCAGAGGCAGCCACAGAGACGUGCCAUUGGCCACAAGCAGAUACUGUCUCCACCGAGGAGUCAGAAGGUUUCAAGGAGUAUGGUGUUGGCUAUGGUGACUCUGAGUCAGCCCCUCCUAUGGAGAACGGCAUGUUGAAUGGCAUGGAGUCUGCAGAACUGGCUUACCCACUCUAUGAACCAGUGGAGGGUGAGGCGGUCGAGGAGCAGCCUCCGCUGUCUGAAGAGAGUCUGAAGGAGUCACUGAAGAAGCAGCUGGAAUUUUGCUUCUCAAGAGAGAAUCUCUCCAAGGACCUUUACCUGAUGUCUCAGAUGGACAGUGAUCAGUUUGUCCCUAUUUGGACCAUUGCAAGCAUGGAGGGGGUCAAACUGCUGACUACUGAUAUGGAUCUGAUACUUGAGGUGCUACGAGCCUCUCCCAUGGUGCAGGUGGAUGAAAAGGGGGAGAAGGUACGGCCAAACCACAAGCGAUGCAUCAUCAUCCUUAGAGAGGUUCCUGAGACCACACCUGUAGAGGAGGUGGAGGCCCUGUUUAAAAGUGAGAAGUGUCCGCAGGUUAUCAGUGUGGAGUUUGCACACAAUAACAACUGGUACAUCACAUUCCAGUCUGACACUGAUGCUCAGCAGGCUUACAGAUACUUGCGUGAGGAAGUCAAAACCUUUCAGGGCAAACCAAUUAUGGCUCGCAUCAAGGCCAUAAACACGUUCUUUGCUAAGAACGGUUAUGGGGCGGUCGACUCUGGGGUUUACUCCACUCCAUCACAGUACUCGUCUCCUGUUUACCUGCAGCAGGUGUACCAGCCUCCACAGCAGUACCCUCUCUAUAGCCUCCUGCCACAGACCUGGACCCCCUCACCCACCCCUUACUUUGAAACACCACUGGCUCCAUUUCCAAACAGCACAUUUGUUAAUGGCUUUGGCCCAGCAGGAAACUACAAAACUGGCUCCUCUCCAAUCAGCCUUGCACGCAACUACCCUCGCAACCGACUUCCACUUUAUUCCAGAAAGAAUGUAAUCAAUGCCUUCAGGAAUCAUGUAAAGCCACAACCUCGUGCUGAUGUGGGUCAGCUGACAGAGACUUUGUCUGGUACUGGUAGUCCCCAGCCUCCAUCCACCUCUACUUCAGACACCACUGCCUCCACCCUCACCCCGCUCUCUGAGUCGCCGGCUUCCCCCAGAGAGAACCACCACUCGGACCUUGGCAUCAGCAGUCGGGCCAGGAGGGGAAGCUAUCGUGGCAUGAGGAGGAGAAGAGAAGAUGAAAGAACGAGGCAGAAUCCUGAUUCAGAAGUGAAAGCUCCUCCUCCUAAGUUUGACCUCGCAAGCACUAAUUUCCCGCCAUUGCCAGGAGGUGUGCCGAGUCAUCUGCCAGGUGUGACUGUGCAGACAGAGUCAGUGUUGGAAAAUCGCAUGGCAGAUGUAGUUAAGGGCAUCAGCAGGGACAAGCAGGAAACAAGUAAGCAAGAUGUCGGUCAAGAUCCCAGAACAUGUCCAGUGGAAGCUCAGUCAACCGAACCCUCCACUCCAGCUCCAAAGCUUCCUGCCACAAAACAGGACACACCUAGCACUAGUGUGUCCCAUCAAGUGAAGAAACCUGAGAAAGAGGUUCAGGUCUCUGACACACCUCCAGACCUUGCAUCAUUGACUGCAAAGCACGUCCAGCCCAUUUCUGCCCCCAAAUCUUCACUCAGCCAAUCAAGCACUUCAAGCACUGCAUCUACACCAUCUGACCCAACAAGUGCAACUGUCCAGGAGCCUCGGAAACUGAGCUAUGCAGAGGUGUGUCAAAGGCCACCCAAAGACCCUCCCCCUGCACCAGUAGCCCCGCCCAGUCCCACCCCUUCUCCCACCACAAGCCAACCACUACGUGAGCUUCGUGUCAACAAAGCGGAAGGCCCAGCCUCAUCUCGCUGCAGCCCCGGCGAGAAAAUUGAGAAAGGAAGUGAUCGUCAGACAUCCAGGGAGCAGACUGUAUAUCAACGUGGUAACGCCCCCAGAGGGUCAGGUUUUAAGCUCAGAGAGCAACAGAGACGGCCUCUACAUGGUCGACGCUCCUCUCCACAGACGGGGUACAACAGACGCAGUGGAAAAGAACAAAACAUCCCACCUAGAUCGCCAAAGUAAUGCCUCGAAUGCCCACAACACAUGCACACUUGCGUGUAUACUUGAUACACAACUUAUAUAUAUAUAUAUAUAUAUAUAUAUAUAUAUAUAUAUAUAUAUAUAUAUAUAUAUAUAUAUAUAUAUAUAUAUAUAUAUAUAUAUAUAUAUAUAUAUAGUUAUCUAUAUAUAGUUAUCUAUAUAUAAAUCCACAUAUGAAAACUGGACUGUAGCACUGUGGUGUCGAAGAACUCUUUGCUUCCCAAAUGACUGCGAAGUCUGGGAAGUUGAUCCUUACAAAUACAGAAGAAAACUAUGAAUUUAAGGAAGACAAAAAAACCUCUUACACUUGAAAGGAGAAAUGGAGGCUAUGCUUCCUGUGUUGUCUGUGAUUUACAGCAAUUAAUUAGAUUGUGAAUGAUUUUUGAUUUUACUUGGAGUGUUUAAGGUCCUGGCACUAGUGUACAAUGCUGUACCUUGUUUUAUAUAUAAUAUUAUCUUUAAAUGAUAGUAGUGCUGUUGGUGAGAAAUCGAGCCAGCACAUGUACUCCAUAUGCAACAGAUCACACAAAGACAGCGUGGCAGCACCCCCACAGGUCCAUAAGUCACCUUUGUGUGUCUCUUUUCACUACUUCCUAUGUUUGCACCAGCCCUAAAAGGAGCUGGGGAAGACGUUUGAUUCAGAUGUGAUGCUUUUGAAAAUGAUCAAAUGAUUCAUAAUUGUUUGUUAUUUAAUUUAUUGAAAAUGUGCACAAUAUGAAACUUUACAGAUAUCCCAAAGUGUGAUUUCUAGACUUGGAAAACUGAAUAAUAUCGUUAUUAUAAACUACUCUAAUAUGAGUCUAAUUAAAAAAAAAAAAAAGUCCUUUUCAAAAGUUCUUGUCUAAUUACAAACAACUGGAAAAGUCAGUUGAAUUUAAUGACCUGAAAAUGUUGGAAACCUGUCAAUAUUUAGCAUGCAGAUUCUAACUCAAGCAGGUAUUAAGGGUUUCACAUGAUUCAGAAAGCGUAAAGAGAAUCAAUUGUGCACAUGUUCCAUUGUAUUGUAAUUGCUUCAUGACUGAAUCAAAAUUAAAUCAUGAGGUGCCUAUAGAUUCCCACCCCUGGUCUAUAACUGGAAGACAAGUGUGUGUGUACCUUGUGCAGACAAAGGAAGAUUGAAAUGUGUAGGUUUGAAGGACACACUGAACAGGAAGUUUGUCAUGACGAUGGAUGAAAUAGUACUAGACAUCCAUUGAAAAAAGAUUUGGACUGAUAUAUUCAAGGUGAUUUUUGAGUUGGUGUGUCGUGCUGUGUAAUGUCAUACGGUGUCCUCUGUGAUGUCCAGUGUUUCUGAAGGCUAGGUCUGUCAGUAACAGAGAGAUCAAGAUCAGCUUUGCUGAAAGAAUGAAUGGAAAUCAUUUGUGUAGAAGAGAAAAAAACACUGUUUGUCUUCCUUUCCCUUGGGAGUGCAAGUCUUGUUAGUGUUUUCUAGUGAUCAGGUUGUUUGUACUGUCUGCUUUUGACAAUAUCCAGUUGUUUUUUUUGUUUUGUUUUUGUUUUUUUUCUCCCCUCUGCUGUAGAUGCUGGUGACUAUAAUCAGGUUGAAUUUUAUGCUCUGAGUAAUGCUGGGUUCAGACUACACAAUAUUUUUGUUGGUCAGUCACGAUAGUCACUGUGUCAGAUUACAUGAUUUUGAUUCCUAAAAUCUUGUCGUGUUGUGGACAAGAAACAUGUCGGACUACACGUUGCUUCUUGACCAUUCAUCGCGUGCCGUCAACAAGAAGACAUAACUAGUGACUGACUUCCGAAAAAAAGUGUAAACAUUGCUGAAGCGCUUCCGCUAUAGUUCACUAGCAUUUUUCUUUCUUUGUUCUGUCGUGGUAGUCACUCGAUGACACAUCAUACAGGCAGGAGUACUGUUGCCACAGCUCCACAAACCUUUCCUCGAUCUCAUAAUUCCACCUAGCAGCAGCACCAUCAUCUCUCUUUCGUUUCACUAUGUUUGAAAACUGUGUAUGAAAGAGCUUCUGUGCUGCUGUUGGUCAACGUCAUGCUAGUCUUCCUGUCAUGAUGUCAUUGCAGACGCGGUAUCGGUUAUCGCCCACUAUAACACACUACACAAGCUGAUAUGAUGGAAACUUGCGUCCCGAUGCCCAUUGUUGUUAACGAGUCCCCACGACACCCUACGUCAAGCAAAUCAUGGCAAAAUCUGGCUAAAAUCAUGUAGUCUGAACUGGGCUUUAGUGUGCUGCUUUAGAAUUACCAUUCAUGUCUAGUCUGUGAUAUUGUCAAGUCUGAUUUUGUUUGUUUGUUUAAUGAUAAUCUGUAUGUGAUGCUUGCAUUUAUGCCUAUACAGUCCAGGUAUGAUUACAUGUAAUAUACCUGCUACAGCACUCAUAA